AUGGAAAGCCCCAUGAAACUAGUGGCAUUGCUUCUGAGUAGAAGUAAGGCUUGGACAGCUGUUGCCGCAGCGGAGCACACGGCGUCGGCGUGCUGCUGCAGCAGCAGUGCUAAUGUGCUGGUGCUGCCAGCCAGCAGCGGUGUGCUAGCCAGGGGCUUCGCAGCGGCCGCAGCGCCCGUCGCCUCGGCCAAAGCUGACAGGCGCGGUGUAAACAACAGCGCCUCCACCAGCAGCAGUGGAACGGGCAACACUAAAGCUCAGCAGCAGCACCACCACCAGCGGCAGGCAAUCGUCCCCGCUAAAUUGGAAGCCAUGGGGUUUGCCGAGCUGCGGGAUUUGGUCAAGUCCAUGACUAUCACAAAUUCCCUCGCCGAGGCGAAGCUGGUGUUGCUCGUGCACAAAGCGUCGACUGUGGACGAGCUUGCAGAUGCAACGCGGCUGGUGCACCUCAACCGCGUGCGCGCGACGCGUUUCAAGCACUACGAUCCAUACAGCAGCUCCAUGCCUAAUGCACUGCUGCAGGCGGCCAAGCGCAUGCAGGCGCCUGGCAGCUUCUACAUUCAGCUGCUGCAGAACGCGAACGCCCUGGCCCUGCCCAUCUCCGCCAACCUCUCCGAGGCUGCCCUGGCAGCCUGCGGCAACGACGCGGACGAGUUUGAAAGCGCGUGGCUGUUGGCGCGUACUCACCUGCGGCGGCCGUCAAAGCACAUGGUGCUGCAGGUGAUGCGCAGCCUGGCGGCGCGUGGGCGCGCCGCGGACGCGGCCGCCACCGGGAGAGGGUUUGUGGCGGGCGGCGGGAAGCUGGCGCCCGCUGGGGUGAAGCUGCUGGAGGAGCUGGAGGGGCAGGUGCAGGCGCAGCAGCAGCAGAAGCAGAAGCAGCAGCAGCAGCAGCAGGACGCGCAGCAGCCGCAGCCACCUGUCGCAGAGGCGGCGCCGGCCCCUGCGAGCUGA